GUGAGUAGUUGUGAAGCAAUCCAAGUCCAAGUCAUUAAAUAAAUUUUAACCUAAACUUAAUCGUUCACAUACGUUUGUUGCGGUGUAUAUUUAUAAUUUAGUGGCUUAAGUAAGGAAGUACAAUAAUUAGAGUGGUUCUUUAAAUAUUGUUAAAUAAUGGGUUCCAGUAGUAAAAAGUACAAAGAGAAAAGUGAUAGCAAUGGCGGCGGAAGGAAGCGACGCCACAGGAGCAGAAGUCGCAGCGUUUCACCAGAUUAUGAUGCACCAAGAGAAAAGAAACACAAGCACAAGAAGCAUCACCACAAGGAUAGGAAAAGGGAGAGAGGUGGUAGACAUGACAAUGACUCCUCAGAUGUGGUUGAAGUUUCACCUGACCGUUCACCGUCUCCGUCACAUCAAGUUGAAAAUACUAAAUCUGGACAUGACAGUUUAUCCAUAGAUGAGACAAAUAAAUUGAGAGCUAAAUUGGGUCUUAGACCAUUGCAGGUGGGUGUUGAAGUAACACAAUCAGCCAGUGGUAAAAGAGAUGAAAAGAAGAAGGAUGACCUGGGUGAGUUUUAUCAUAAACCAGCCCCAAACAUUGGAGAAACUACCAGGUCUGAGAAAAUUAAAUAUAAACUGAAUGAACAUAAGGAGAAGAGACAUAUUGAACAUAAGUUGUCCAAGGUGAAAUUGCUGGGUGAAAGUGACAGCGAUGAUGAUGCUGCUGCAUGGGUUGACAGGAAUAGAAAGAUACAGGAUGCCAGAAAGGAAGCAGAUCGCAGGGAGAAAAUUUUGGCAGAAUUGGAUGAGCAGUUUGGGGUAGGGGAAGUUGUGGAGCAAGAGAAACGUGAGAAGCGAUUGAAGAAAUACACAGAAAAGAAUUUGAAAGGUCUAAGAGUGGAACAUGAUGUGGACACAUUUUCUGAAGGAAAAACUAUCGUUCUAACCUUGAAGGACCAGGGUGUUUUGGAUGAGGAUGAUGAUUGUUUGGUCAACGUUAACAUGCUCGACGAUGAGCGGUACAAGAAAAACAUUGAGAACAAGAAGAAUAAGGGUACAUAUAAUCCAUACGAUGUGGAGGAAGUCGACGAGUUUGGUAUAGUCAAAGAGCGAGAUCUCUUGGAGAAAUACAAUGAUGAAAUCGAUGGUGAAAAGAGGGACAGUUUCCAAAUCGGCGUAGACGAUACGCUUAGGAGGAAAGCGGCUGCCGUAAAAAGCGUGCAAGAGAAGUUGGCCAGCAAGAGAUUGGAACAAUUGGGUAGCAGUUUGACUUUAGCAUCUGAUUAUUACAAUGAUGAGGAAUUGGCAAAGUUCAAAAAGCCCAAGAAGAAAGUCAGAAAGAUUAGGUCUAAAGGUAAAAUAUUGACUGCCGACGAUCUGGAGGCGGCCAACGCUAAUAAUUAUGGUAUUGAGGAUGUUGGUACUAGGAGACCAAAGAAAGAGGAGAAUCAUAUGGACAUUGAUGAUGUUCCAAACGUCGAUAUAGAUAUGAAGAAUAUAAAAAUUGAAGAAUCCGAUGAGUAUGUGGAAAAGGCUUGGAUGAAAGCAAAGAAAUUAAAGAAAAUGGAACGGCACAAUGUGGAUUUCAGUCAAAUAAAACCUGAGAUUGUCGUAAAAGAUGAACCAAUAGAUUCAGGUAACAUUACAUUGAAUUCGACUGCCGAGUUUUGUAGAACCCUGGGAGAUAUACCGACAUAUGGUAGAGCUGGAAAUCGCGAUGAAGGAGAAGAUAUUGAUAUGGAAUUUGAAGCCGCUCAGGGGGAUGACGUUGAAGCAAAUUCCGAUGAUGAUUGCCAAAUUAUAGAACCUGUGGCCGGCACUUGGAAUUCCAUAGAUCCGAAUACUAAACCACUGUCAAAGGAGACAAAUACCGUACCGGAGGUUCCCAUUUUGGACGAAGAACCCGACGUUGGCUCAGGUGUGGGAGCUGCGCUAAAAUUGGCGAUGAGUAAAGGUUAUUUGGACAAAGAAGAGAGCAAUCGUCCCUCGAAUUCUCGUCUAGCCUAUCUACAAGCCAAGCAUUAUUCCAUCGAGGAUAAGAAUUACGGGGACGAGUCGGAUCGUGGCGGAGGUCCCAACAGGAGGGAUCGUUACACAGGACCGGUGCAAGAUUUCAAAGAAAAGGAUAGUUUUAAGCCGAACGUUAAGUUGGAGUACAUCGAUGAUGAGGGUCACGUUCUAAACUCGAAGGAAGCUUUCAGGUACUUGAGUCACAAGUUCCACGGCAAAGGUCCUGGUAAGAACAAGAUCGAGAAGCGCAUCAAGAAGACUCAACAGGAAGGUCUGAUGAAGAAGAUGAGCUCCACGGAUACUCCGUUGGGAACGUUGAACAUGCUCCAAGCGAAGCAGAAAGAAAUGCAAAGUCCGUACAUAGUUCUAAGCGGCGGCAAAACACAUUCAACCACCAUAUCGAAAACACGUCGAUAGAUUGUAAAGUUUAUUUAAAUUAAAGUCCAUGUAAACUCA